ACUCUCCUACCACACAUCGAUACCAACCUUUCUUUCCACACUACGGAGCCUAAUACACUACUCUCUUUCAACUCCAACGCACAUCGAGUCUAUCCUUUCGUUAAUCUUCACCAUGAAGUUCUCCGCUUACGCUCUUGUUUCCCUCCUUGCCAUCUCCGCUCAAGCGCAACAAAGCGAGCUCUCAUCCAUCAAGAACGAAGCAUCCUCUGCCGUCGGCGCAGCCUCAAGCGCGAUCGACAGUGCCAAGGGUUCCAUCACAUCUGCUGUUGCGAGCAAGACCGAGGAAGCUGCCUCGGUGGCUUCUAGCAUCACCAGCCAAAUCAACGACAUCAAGUCGAGCAUCUCGUCAGCAAAGGGAGCUGCUUCAACCUCUCUCCGCUCAGCUCUAGACUCUGCUAGUAGCGCUCUUGAUAGUGCCAAGGCUAGUGCGACUGCGACCGGUACGAGCACGUCCAAGGCUGGUGGUUCGAUGCCCACUGCGGCUAUUGCCAUGGGUGCUAUGAUGGGUGGAGCGGCUAUCUUUGUUAACAUGUAAUAUCGUUCACGAUCUGAGUUGUGGGCAUUGAGAAAUAAUACAAGAUCAGUGAUGUUGUAGUCGCGUGUCUGCAUUAUUUAAUUUGGAGUAAUAGCGACUAGUAGGUAGAAAAAAGACAAUGAAAAUUUGACUUGAUGACUGG